AUGGAUCCAAAAACUUUGAGCAACAGUAGAGGGUCAUUCGAAGUAAUAAGACGCACCAGAUUCAAGUGCAAAAAUUAUGAGAUGUAUCAGAAGGAGCAAAGAGUUGCACAACUUUUACUAAAGGACGGAAUCAAUUACAUAGAAAAUGAAAAUAACGGAAUGAUAAAGGAUGAUAAAUAUGUUAAUACUCUUCUUUUCGAAUAUACAAAUUAUGAAAAAGGGAAAGAAGAAAAAUUAAAACUCACCAAAUUGCUAUUAAUAUCAUUACUCAAUAAGGAUAAGAAAAAAUACAUCCCCAUUGAUAAGUUAACUAGAUGCAGAAAAAAUUAUGGGAAAGACAAAGAGAAGAGUAAUCUGAUAAAGCUUAAUUCUCGCGUAAGAAAGUAUAAAACUUGUAAUAAAAAAAAAAAAAUUGACAAGACAAUCAAGCUACAUUUAAAUGUUGACAAACCGAAUAGUUAUAAACAAAGAACAAGAUAUAAGAGAUCAAUCAUAAAGAUCAAGAAGAGUAAAAAGAAACUCUUUAAGGGUAAUCAUUAUGAAAGGAAUUUACAAAAUAUUUUAGGAACAAGAAAGAAAAUAGAAAAAAGUCCUAAAGGAACAAUCCAUACAUCUCAAACCAUGAUGAAGAGGAGCCAAUACCGUUUCUUGAAUCGAAGAGAAAUGGAAUCACUGACCAUGGAAUCUAUCGAAUCAUUCACCAGUGCAUCUGUUGAAGCACUACAAGAAAUGUCCAGAAAGAUGAAAACACAAAUGGAAGACAUCAAGUUCAAUAGAACAAGAAGCAACUCGUCCUCUUCUAAUAAUUGUCUAAAGUUUCAAAAAAAAAAAAAAAAAAGAAUUAUUCCUAUCGAAGCAAUGAAUAAAGAGUUCAUAAGAACCCAUUUUGAUGAAAUAAAUUCAGUUGGUCUUAUACGCAAAGAUUUAAGCCACACCAUCCAUGGAGGAGAUAACUUAGUUCCCUCGAGAAGGCGCAAAUCCUUUACCUAUGCACAUAAUGUUUCUAGACCAUUUAAUGGUACCACUUGUCUCACUUGUGUAGAGUUUGAAGAGAAGAGAAAUUUCGAAAGGAACAGUGCAAAUACGGGACGGCAGUACAACAAGAGGGGAACAGAACUCAAAGGGAGGACAUACAGAGCGCGUCCAAGUGGAGUGGAAUCAAAUAUGGCAAGCCAAAUGAAAGGGAGAGAGGCGGGAAGAGAAGCGGAACCAUAUAUGGCUAGUAAAACAAAGGAAGAUCCAACUAAAGGUAAGAGAACAAAACGAACAGACGUAAAAUGUCCAAAGGAUGCUGUAUGUUACAGAGCAAACACAAUUUUUUGCAAAAGCAGAAACAGAGAUGUGUCAAAUGAACGCAAAAAUGAAAUCAUGAUAGUCAUGGGAGAUGACGACAGACAUCGAAGAUGUGGCACUUAUAGCCGGAAUGAUAAUAUCUCAAAAAAAUGUAACAUCGAUAUAACAUCUGAAGAGAAUAUGAAUGUACAGCUUGAUACAGAUUUGAACGGAGUCAAAAUCACGAUCCCAAAUUUGGAAUCUCCCACUCUUGAAAGAGGAACAAUGAUCUGUAAUAAAACAUCAGGGGGAUAUCCCAUACGUAGGGAGGAGAAAAAGGAGAAGAAGCGUAGGCACUCCUCCAAUCAGAUGCAAUAUAUGAAGGACACCAAUGACAUGGGUAAGAUGCACGAAAUUAAAGAAGUGCAAGAAGACAAAUACGCACAUAGUAAGAACCACUGCUACAACUGCAACCACACGAAAUGCACAACCAAAGAGACAAAAAAAAAAAAUGAAAAGUUCGAUGAUUUGACAAGCAUUGUGAAACACAGGAAUGUGGAUAAUGCUUAUAAGCAGCACAUUUAUAAAAUGGCUAUGUCUGAUGAAGUGGGUGAAGGAGGAGGGGGACAAAUGGAGAAGCGUGAGAGGUAUGUAACUUUUGAUAGCGUCGAUGUAGUUAACAAUGAAACAAAACAUGAGGGACCUCGAGAGGUUCGAGAGAAGAACACAUUUAGAAGACACAAAGAACAAGUAAGCAAUAAGAUGAAACAAAGACAUGAAAAAAAUGCUGAUAGAAAUGUGCAUGGGUUUGAUGAAACAUUAAAAUUUAUGAAGUAUAGAGAGUUGCUGAGAAAAUAUAUGGGAACAUUCUACAAUUACAGUUCUGUAAAAUGUGCAACCUACAUUAUCCUAUACGCAUUAAUAGUGAAAAUUGUGACGCAGAUAUCUAAAAAUUUAACGACACCUAGUGGUAGCAGUAGUAGUGAUGGUGGCGGAAGUAGCAAUGUUAACAUAUCGAACGAAGAUCCAAAUGACAUAAAAGUGGUCUGGUAUAAUGAUUCGAACUUAUUUUUAAAUAUUUAUGAUUCAGAUGGUAUUAUCCAAUCCAUUUGUUACUCUGUCUUACUAGUGUGCAUUGUCUUGUUAAUGAAACUAGGUAUACCAUCAAACUAUUUAUUAGCUGGUAGGUUGACCAUUUUGUUUAUGUUUCUUUUUAUAUUUCAAAUUCCUAUGAUGAUAUAUGCAAAUUUUAUGUAUUUAAAGAAGGAAGAAGGAAUAGCAGCUAAAAAUCAAGUAAAAGUGCAUGAAAAAAAAGAUUACUUUAAUUUACAUCUACAAAGGAUAUACAAUGUAUUUUACGUUGACACGUUAAAUUUAUUAGUUUAUACCAUUCUCAUUAGUCUCGUUUCCUUAUAUGCUACUUAUCAUAAAUUAAUAUAUCCACAUCUGUUAAAAUUCUAUCUAGAUACUAUUUUCUUAAAAUCAUAUACAAUCAUUAAAAAAGAAAUUAUACAAUUCAGGGUUCCUAACAAUAUUGAUGCUUAUUAUUUGAAUCAGAUGAAUAGCUAUUUAUUUAACUCCUUGUAUAAGAAGCAAAAUAAUUUCACACAAGAAGACAUGGAGAGUAACACCAGGAGUACCAUUGGAUACAACAUCGUCAUUAAGAAAGAUCGGUGUUCUUUUUUUACGCGUCUCCUUAGGAGGAGCACGACUGCUUCGGAUUCAGAAGCGGAAGAUGCUGAAACAGAUGGAAGAGGUGGAACAAAUGGAAGAAGUGGAAAAGGUGGGAGAAGUGGAAAAGGUGGAAGAAGUGAAAGAAGUGGAGGAAGUACAACUUGUGGGCCUCCUAAGUUCAAGGGGCGAGACCAGAGAAAUUUAAACUUCUACAUCAUUUUUUAUAUUGGAGAAUUGGACGAGAAGGGCAGGCCGCACGGGUUCGGCUACUGGAGGGGAAUCAGCUUGGAGGGAGAAGUGCUCAUAGGCUACUGGUUCCAUGGCAUUCCUGUUGGCCCCUUCAAAUGUCGAGAUUUCAAGACGGGAUCUGGUUUUAUGUGCAUAAAAAUUGGAUACGGGCGUACGAACUGCGAGCAGAAUGACUUGGACAUAGGCCUAGCAGACACUGAAUGUUGCGUAAGCGGAGCAUUUUACAGGACUUUUCCAAGAGUGGUUUUCUACAACCUGAACUUGACGAACAUGAACCAGAAGAAUAAAAAAAAUGAUCGUAAUAAACACAGAUUGAUAGAAAACAGAGAAUGUUGUGAGUACUUAUGUGUGAAUAAGGCUAGCAAUGAUAUACUGCGCUUUGAUUAUUUGAAGCUGAUUGAAGACAGUGACGACGAGCAUGACGACGAGAAUGACGUUAGACAGGACGAAGAACAUGACGACGAACGUGACGACUUGCUAAGCAGAGAUGAUUCUUCUAAAUCCGAUGUAAACAGCAAUAAUGAAGAAAUUGCAUCUGGAAAAUUAAGAAGAAGGAUAAGAAGAGGAAGAAUAAGAAGAAGGUUUAUGGGUGCUUUCAACAAAGAAGAAUGUAAAAAGAAUCCUACCAAUGUAUCUAACACUUUAUACGACGAUGCACCAGCAUCUAUUAUGAAUAACGAAUCUUUUUUAAAAGGAGAACUAUUAAAUUAUGAUGACAUAUAUAGUCUGAGUUAUGAUUUCAAUGAUCUAGCCGUAGAAGAAGAAAUACAUUCCAUGUUGAAUAAAAAUAUAGGAAAAAGAAAUGAACACGAGCAUGCAUGGAGAACAAUUAAAAGCGAGUCUCCCAAUUCAGACCCCUCCUCAGCAUCAGCUUCGUCACCUUCAUCCUCAUCUUCCUAUUCGCUUGAUUUAAGAGAAAUGCCUACUCUUCUUGACGAAAGAAAUGCACAUAUUCCUGACGUUGAACACCAGUCUCGCACCGAAGUGAACAUAGAACUGCCACGUAAAGGCAAAAACCUCAAGGAUUCUGAGUGUUGUGCAAAAACUAAGUAUGACAGACAGAUAUGUAACCAUGUAGAAAUACAGAAAAAAGACAAUCAUGAGAAGAGAGGGAAAAAAGCAUUUCAAAAUAAAAAGAGAAUGAAGGGUAAAACUAGUGAAGAAAGAAAGGCACAUUCCAUAUCACAACAAGGUGAUCACUUAAAAACAAAUCACCAUUUUAAGUUGACAAAACAAGAACCUUUGUCUAAAUCGAAAAACUACUUUACUAAUGAUAAAUGUUGUAAUUAUAUAUCAGAAACAAGAGAUCAAAUAUGUAUCACAAAAAAGAGAAAAUGCAAAGAUAUGCAAAUGAAACACCAGUUUAUAUAUGAAGAAGGAGACAAGGGAAACCAUGAAGUGGAUGAUAUUCCUGUGGAGAAAAAUAAACAGGUGGAGAUAUCAUUUACAAAGUUUAAUGUAGCACAAAUGCAAAAAAUAAAACGAAAUUGUAAUAGAGAUCAAGGAUUAGCUGUCCAAAGCAAGAAAUCAAAUUUAAAGAAUAACAAAGGGGAAAACAUGACGCACAGAAGAAAAAAUCCAAAAAGAACAAUUCAAAAGGUAAGUACACACGUAUCUGAUGAAGUGAAAUCAAAUCAAGGAGGGGAAAAGGAAAUAGUAAGAGGAAAACAACUUUCGCAUAUAGGUGAAAAUAUCCGAAUAGAAGUUGACCCGGUGCAAUGGCCAAUCAGAGGAUCACGCGUGACAGGUACAGAAGGAAGAGAAGACCGAAACGGAGACAAUUCAGACAAAAUGAAAAGCCCAAAUGGAGACAAUUCAGACAAAAUGAAAAGCCCAAAUAGAGACAAUUUGGACAAAAUUAAAAGCCAAAAUGGAGACAAUUUGGACAAAAUUAAAAGCCAAAAUGGAGACAGUUUGGACAAAAGAAAAGGUCAAAGCAAGGGACCAGACGCAGAAGGUGGCAAAAAGAAAAAGGUGGAGAAAUGCGUAAAGCUGCAAUGUCCAGACGAAGCAAAAGAUGAUAGUGGAAAUAAACUCAACGUAGAGGAUAACGUUAAGAGAAAAAUAAAAAAGCAUAUCGGGUACAGCAUGACGAAUACUUUAUUACAUUUAAGAAAAUUCAAAUACUUAAGGAUAAGAAGGGAAAAAAAAAAAAAAAAACUGAAAAAAAGAAACACGAACAGAAGGAAAACCUUUCUGCCAAGAGCUCUUUCAGGAACAUUACCAAAAUUAAAAAUCCAAAAAAAAAAAAGAAAAUUAUUAUUUUCAGAUACGAUAACAAAUGUGUAUAAAACAAAAUGUAUGAACAUAAUUCUUCAAAAUUUAUGUCCACACAUGCCAAACUUUGGAAUUAUAUACAAUACCGAUUUGCACAUAUCGAUUGAUGCAGAGAGGGGGUUAUACAUAACAGGAUACAUUAAUAAAAAAAAUUGCAAUUUUAUAAAAAAUAAAACGAGAAGAAAUGAAUUCGAAGAUAAUGAAGUCAAAAUAAAAAUAAUUAAAAAGAGAAAAAAUACACUCAACUAUAAAAAAGGCAUAAAUAAUCGUCUCUACUCAUGGAUAGAUAACAUAAAAGAGCUAAGCUUAGAUGGAUGGGUAAAAUGCGAAUUGGCUGGGUGUUUAGAAGCCGUUAUUUUUAUACACGGAUAUAAUACAAGUCAUUUGGAGGCUCUUCAAAUUCUUGGACAGAUGGCAUCCUUUGGAAACUUCCCAAAUUACAUCAAACUAUUUUUGUUCAAUUGGCCUUCGGGGAAGAACUUUCUUGAAUUCUUCACUGCCAAGGACAAUUCGAAGAACAAGAAGGUGCACCAUGCCUUCAAGUCUUUCCUCAACACGCUGCGGAACAACGGAAUCAGACAAAUCCACAUCAUCACUCACAGCAUGGGGACCAGGAUGUUCCUUUUGGCUUUUCACGACAUUGUGGAGAGUGAGCUUUUUUCCACGGUUGAAGAAAAUGAAAACGUAACAAAGAACUUGACAAAAAUGAAACUAAUAACAUUGACAAUGAUGAAUCCAGAAUAUUACCUGAGCGAUUUUGUAAAUAAGGAAUAUGUAUUUCUCCGAUCAUUUUGCACUGUGAUAUCUAUAUAUUGUGACUCCAAUGAUAAGGCAUUGAAAUGGGCUGAGAUUUUCAGUGGUACAAAAUCUCUUGGAAGAAAUGUGUUCGAUUUAAAUAUAUGUAAAGACGAUUAUAAGAAGCGAACACAUGGAACUGACAAUUACGUUUUUGAUAGUAAUAAACUAGAUUAUUUUUCUAUUUCCAUUAGAAACAAAACAAAUGAAAGUGAUGAAAGUUGUGCAGAACCCAAAUUAGUUUCUUCUUUCUUUGAUUGUGAAAAUUUUGAUGUUACAAAUGAUGAAAUGAAAAACAAGGAAUUUAUGACUAAACUUGUUCAGAAAUUAAAAAAAAUUGUUCAUUUUUUUUAUAAAAAAAAAAAUAAAAUAAAUGAUACGAUUAACUUAAACGAACAAUUAUCCAUAGACAAUGAUCAAUGUAAAUCAAAUAAAGAGAAUAGACCUAAUAAUUUCCUACAUCAACCACCAAUGUUUAGAAACACAUUACUUGUUUUUACAGGUAUAGAACCCAUUUAUUGUUACAGAGAUAAUCGAGAUUGGUUAGAUGUAGAUGUAAUUGAUACUACUUGGCUAGGAUCAAAUGUACAUACAUUGAGACAUUCCUAUUGGUCACUCAAUAGAGAAAUUAUUGAAGAUAUCAGAGAAUUAAUUGUAACGAGGAAAAGGGCAAGACAAAGAACAUCCAGAUUGGAUAGACGGGAAGGAAAUGUUUGGGUUUAUAGAGUAGCACCUUCUCAUUUGAAAUCAAUAUUUGAUUCAGAUAUAUGA